UUCAAGGCUCCUCCCUUUUGGUGAAAAGCAGACUGCGGGGUGCCUGGAAACCGGUUCGAGGGAGAGAAGGCUUGAGGGAUUGCCACAAAUGGUCAGGCGGCAGCGGUGGCGGAAGAAGAGGCGGCGGCGGCCGCAGCAGCAGCAGCAACAAGAGGCAAAGAGCAGCUGGAUCUUCUGCGCUCUGCCCGGCGGAGAAGAGAGGGUUGGCGGCGCAGUUGAAGAGUGCGCGACGGCAGCAGCUGCUGAGCUGGCUCCCUCCUGCCUUUCCUUCAUGAGUCUCAAGUUUGCGCUGGCAGGAGAUCUAAAGCGCAGCAGCAGCAGCAGCAGCAGCCCGGCGGGCCGGGAAACGUCGUCGAUCGAGGCAGCGAAGGCGAGAGGAGCCAGCGAAGUAUGGCCGAGAAGUGGAGUCGGCAAGUUUGCAGCGGAGCCAAAGCAGCCUCGCCUUCAGCAGGGGGUAGCCAGGCCCUAGGGCGCUCUCCGUGGCUUCUCCUGCUGCUGGCGGUGCUGCUCGUGUGGACGGAGGCUCCGAUGCUCUCGGCUCGGGGCCAGGCGCCACCUCAGCCGCAGUACAACGGCGAGCGUGGCAUCUCCGUGCCGGACCACGGCUAUUGCCAGCCCAUUACCAUCCCGCUGUGCACGGAUAUCGCCUACAACCAGACCAUCAUGCCCAACUUGCUGGGUCACACGAACCAGGAGGACGCGGGUCUGGAGGUGCACCAGUUCUACCCGCUGGUCAAAGUGCAGUGCUCGGCGGAGCUCAAGUUCUUCCUCUGCUCUAUGUACGCGCCCGUCUGCACCGUUUUGGAGCAGGCGUUGCCUCCCUGCCGCUCCCUCUGCGAGCGGGCGCGCCAGGGUUGCGAAGCGCUCAUGAACAAGUUCGGCUUCCAGUGGCCGGACACGCUGCGCUGCGAAAAAUUCCCCGUGCACGGCGCCGGAGAGCUCUGCGUGGGCCAGAACAACUCCGAGCGCGGUACGCCCACUCCCUCUCUGGGACCCGAGUUUUGGACCAGCAAUCCUCAACUCAGGCCCGGCGGCGGGGGCGGCGGAGGGAGCCACCUGGCGGACCGGGCGGGCAGGUUCAGCUGCCCCCGGGUGCUCAAGGUACCUUCCUACCUGAAUUACCGCUUCCUGGGCGAGAAAGAUUGCGGAGCUCCCUGUGACCCUGGACGCCCCCACGGGCUCAUGUAUUUUGGGCAGGAGGAGCUGCGCUUCUCGCGUACCUGGAUUGGUAUCUGGUCUGUGCUGUGCUGUGCCUCCACCCUCUUCACAGUUCUCACCUACCUAGUGGAUAUGAAGCGUUUCAGUUACCCGGAGAGACCCAUCAUCUUCCUCUCGGGGUGCUACACUGCCGUGGCUGUGGCCUACAUUGCAGGGUUUCUGCUGGAAGAGAAAGUGGUGUGUAAUGAGCGCUUUUCUGACGAUGGUUCCCGAACUGUGGCCCAAGGCACCAAGCGAGAAGGGUGCACCAUCCUGUUUAUGAUGCUGUAUUUCUUUGGUAUGGCCAGCUCUAUCUGGUGGGUCAUCCUUUCUCUCACCUGGUUCCUGGCUGCAGGCAUGAAGUGGGGCCAUGAAGCCAUUGAGGCUAAUUCACAAUACUUCCACUUGGCUGCUUGGGCUGUGCCAGCCAUCAAAACCAUCACUAUCCUGGCCUUGGGACAGGUUGAUGGCGAUGUGCUGAGUGGUGUCUGUUUUGUGGGCAUCAACAAUGUAGAUGCUUUGCGUGGCUUCGUGCUGGCACCCUUGUUUGUGUACUUAUUCAUUGGUACUUCUUUUCUCCUGGCUGGAUUUGUUUCUCUUUUCAGAAUUAGGACUAUUAUGAAGCAUGAUGGCACCAAGACAGAAAAACUGGAGAAGCUAAUGGUGAGGAUUGGGAUCUUCAGCGUUCUGUAUACAGUGCCUGCCACCAUAGUGAUUGCCUGUUAUUUUUAUGAGCAAGCGUUUAGGGAACAGUGGGAAAGGAGUUGGUUUGCUCAAAGCUGCAAGAGCUAUGCCAUUCCUUGCCCCAGUAACUACCAUUACCCCCCAAUGAGCCCAGACUUCACAGUCUUCAUGAUCAAAUAUCUCAUGACCCUAAUUGUGGGAAUCACUUCAGGCUUCUGGAUCUGGUCUGGAAAAACACUCAAUUCCUGGAGGAAAUUCUAUACCAGACUUACCAACAGCAAACAAGGAGAAACUACAGUGUGAAGUUCAACAUCAGCUUGUUGUUCACACAUCAACUUUGUUGUUUCUCCGCAGCCUGACCAGAUUGGAAGAGCAAGCAGAGAAAGAGAGAGAAAUGUACACACCCUGAAAUCAUCUAGGUCAGAAAUUUUUCUCCCCAGCCCACAGAAAACCGAUCCUAAGAACAUUGAUAGAGGCACAUACUAUUCCCCUUGUCUUCAUCUGGAUUAAAUUUUCCCUGAAAGUUGGAAAUGUGAUUUUGAGAUUGUUGUAAAUAGUCUCUGUAAGAUUUUGUAAGUAUGUUUGUAUUUAAGUUGCAAAGCUUUUUCGUACAUAUUUAAAACAUUUUUUAAACUCCCCUUUUCAGACUUUUCUGUUUUUAAACACAAGAAAACAAAUAUUUUAUGUUCAGUGCAGCAUUGAAAAAUUAGAAGUUAAGAGACCUUUUUCUUGUAAAUCCAAAAUUAGGACUUUAAUUGACCCUAGCGUUAGAGCCAUUUACAAUCAGGAACCAUUGGUUUCAGGAAACCUGCCUAGGAGGUUGUUGGUGGCACAGUUAAUGGGAUUUGUGUUGCACACCAGCUGCAGACAAAGAAUGGACUGAUCUUUCCUCGGUGUAACCUGAAGAGGAAAGAAAACAAGCCGUUCUACCUGUUGUAGGAACAUUGUGGGAGGAGCUUGCAGAAGAGAACUGUCUCACCUAACUACAUGUUUUGUCGUUGUGGAAGAAAAUACUCAGCCAGCAAAAGGGUGCUUUCUAAGCUAUGUUUAAAGUUGUGUCCUAUGAAGGUGCAGAACAGAAUAGCUGGGAGUCAAGUAUUCUUACCAUCUCCCAUAUAUAUUUGAUAGAUUUUAAGGAACUGUAACUUUUCUCCUAACUUUGUAAUAUAUUGAGCUUACAAUUUGCUUUGUAUCUUCUGUAGAAAUAAGUCUCUUGGCUGUUGUUAUUAACACUGCAGUGAGCAAGAAGGCUGUUCUCUCUCUCUUUUUUUAAAUUGUAAUUCGAUACCCCAUUUAUUAGCAUUGUUGUGAGCAAUGUUUCCUUGGUAGAUUUUUUCCUCCCCCUUAAUGAAUUUGCUAAAAAAAACUGCUGAAAAGGCUUUUGCAAAUCAGUUCAGUGUGGUCAAUAAUAAAGGUUUGGGGGAAUAAACAGAGCAAAAACUCUCAGCAAGUUGCAUUUUUGAAUAUGUUCGACAUUGACAUUUUUAUUUCUGCAAAUCUUUAUAACUGUUGGGUUUCAUUCCUUUGUGUUAAUAGCUGACCAGAAAGAAUGAUGAUUUAUGCUACCAGGAGGGGAAAAAAAUGUUUGAAACCCGAAAGAAUCAACAGCCUGAUGUUUCAGUGUAGUCAUUUAUAUGUAAAUCUGCAAAAACUGUCUAUGAUUGGUUGGUAGUCUCUCUAUAAACUGUUACAGCUCAUACUUCUGUAAUAGGUUUAUACAAGAUGUGUCAGUUUUCAGUGGCAAACUCAUUUUCAUAUUUAAUCAUUUCUGUGACACAACAGACUUGCUACUCUAAUGAUGUAUCGUUUCAAACUUUUUAUUUACAUUCCUGCCAAAAAUAUAAUCUGUGACUAAUCAUAUCCUAAAAUGAAUAACUGUGUCAAUUUGGUACACAUUUAUUUCUGUUCACUAUGUCAAAAUCAUUUAUAUUUAUAGAACAAUAGAAGUUUAUAUAUAAAUAUAUAAGAAUACCUAUUUUAAUUUUUUAAAUAAAUUGUUUUGUACAGAA